UGUGUGUCAGAGCCGACCUUCUACCGCCUGGUGCAGUCCUUCGCUGUGGUGCUGUUCGAGUGCCAUCAGAUGGAGGACUUUGCACCUGCUAAGAGCCUCAUGACCAUGUGUUUCACCUACUACCACACCGGCAAGCCACACCCACUGCCCUCGGAGCCCAGGGAGAAGGCCACGGGCAGCAUGGACUCCUACUUGAGGUCAGCCAACAGCUGGCUUGCUGAGAAGAAGGACAUUGCAGAGCGGCUGCUGAAGAACACAGAGAACAUGAAGAGCUUCUUCGGGGGGCUGGAGUCCAGGCUGAGGGGACCCCUGGUCAGGAAGGAUGAAGAAGAUGAGAACAAACCCAAGGACAAGCAGCCAAAGACUGUGACCGUGUUCAGCCCCGAGGACGAGCAGAAAGGGGACAAGAUCUACCUGUACACACACCUGAAGCAGCAGCCCAUUUGGCAGACGCUGAGGUUCUGGAAUGCAGCCUUCUUUGACGCCGUGCACUGCGAGAGAAGAAAGCGCUCUCCCACCACCAGAGGGAAUGCUGGAGAGCAGGACAAGAGGGAGAAGUGGUGCCACAUGACCCAGGAGGAACGGGAUGACAGCCAACGGUUCAAUGAGAACAUCACCUUCGGGCAGCUGGGCACGUUCACGCACAACAUGCUGGCCUUCGGCCUGAACAAGAAGCUGUGCAGUGAGUUCCUGAAGAAGCAGGCGGUGAUCGGCAACCUGGAUGAGGAGCAAUAUAGACUGCUCAGCGACCACAUUGAGCAGAUGGCCACUGACUAGGAGAUGGCGGUGUGUGCCGCUCUCCGGGCCAGCGACUGGCUGUCACCCCAUUGAUGACCCUGCAUGAUGGCAGCAGCACCCAGAGCCGCCCUCGCCACCCUAGAAGUAGCAGAUAGAAGACUCUAGCUGCCCUCCCCCGCCUGUGUCUGCUCCCCCAUCCUCGUGCAAGCAGUCCUUUGGGUCCCACAGUUAAAACCCAAGGACCAUCAACUCCUGAGCACCAUGCUUGUGAGAUGAGACCGAGAGGGAGGAGGAGGCUGUGGGCCAGGGUUCCUCAAGCUGAGGACAGGGGGAUGGUAGGGACAAAGGAGGGAUUGGCACAGCUGUGAGGUGAGGGUGGAACUGUGUGCAAGGAGGACAGACUGUGGCAGGCCAGCAGGAACAUUCUCUGCCUGGGGACACUGGAGCUCUGCUGAGCAGCAGCAUGUGAGGGUGGGGGUGGAGGGGUCCAGCUCUUCAGUGCGGCCCAGCUGCCUGCCCUGUUCCUACCUCCCUUUGUGUGACAGGAACCAGGAGUCACUGGAGCUCAAGGAGGGGAGUCACUGUUGCUUGAGAGACAGAGAAAGGGCAGGGGGAGAUGCGGGUGCAGCAAGACCUGCCGCUGUGGCAGGGGUGUGAGCACUCUGACAGCUGGGUGUCCUGGGCCCACCAGAUGUCUGCCACAGACCCUCAGAAGUGACUGCUCAGGUCAGCCUCCUUCAGAAGCAGAGAAAAGUUCCCAGCUCACAGGAGUGGCGUUGUGCAUCUGUCUCGUGCAAGAAACCAGAAGAAAAGUUUUCUCACAGCAGCCAACAGCCACCCUUUCUGAGAGUGAAUGGCACUACUCUCCCCACAUGGAAGACUGGGAAGGGCAAAUGUGGUGGCCACUGGCUAGGGCUGGUGAGUGGAAUGGACUUGAGCUCUGAAUGUGGUCACCAUCACAGCCUCCACUGAAAGACACCUUUGCUCUCCGUAGCCCAGGCCUCUGUACUUCUCACCUUCCCAUUUACAGACAGCCUUUCUCUAGUCUCCAGUGCCAGAAUUAGCCUCCUACGUGCCCUUACGCCAGGCUGGCCCUCGAGUCCAAGGUCUGACCUGCAGCACUCAGAGUGCUGACAUUGGAACCUGCUGCCCCCGUGCACACCUUGCCGGCAGCCUGGAUUUUCUCCACCAUUGCAAUUCUGAUCACUGACGUUGAACUAGGCCUACAGGCCUCCUUUUGACCUUCAUCACCCACUUCCCUCCCUGUCCUGUGGGCUUCAGUCAUGUUCUGUCACAGUCCGUCUUGAAGUACAACACUCCUGAUGGUCACAUGACAUACCCAGCUGCUGUGCUCCAGCCUUCCCUACAGCAAGCUCCUCCCUGGAAUGUUCCAGAGUAGAGCAGGGAUGGGUUGAGCUGAGGAAGGAGUGUGUCCUGGACAUUGGAUGAUGGACAAGAGAGGCAGCACGAGUGGAUACCACUAAGGGACUUGGUUAACUACUGCCGGCCAGAGCAGGAGCACGGGGCGGCCACUGGUGGCACGGCGUGAGUAUUGUUCUGGCCACACAAUGAUGCCACCAGCCAAGGAAUGGCCACAUGGCAGUGUGUGUGUCAAGUGCUAAAGCAGACCGUGCCUGCGGAGCGCCCAGCCAUAGUGCACAUCUCCGCCGCAUCUGUAUUAGGGAAAGGAUGUCAAGUUAAUCAGCAUGCAGGCCUCCUCACUCCUGUGCCACCUUCCCAUAACAUGUCCCUUCUAAUGCUCACGCGGCCCCUGGAUGCCUCUGUCCCCUUUGGAAGAGUUGCCCUGCAGGAGGCACAGAGGCUUCUCCCUCAGCAGUCCCGAUCUUGGUAUUAGUGUUAGCUGAAGUCCAUUACGAUUCUACUCAUAGUGCCCACGAGACUUACCCCGUAUACAGAAGAGUCUUGUAGCGCAAUCCCGACGUGGACUGAGUUCUGAGGCCCUCCAGGUGCCAGGAGCCAGGCACAGCCUUCAGGAGGGGGAGGAGUUUUGACUUCUCCUGACUUUGUGAGUACUUGGACUUGAGAAAUGACCUUAAAGGGCUGGGGACCCAGCUCAGGGUAGAGUGCUUGCCUGGUGUGUGUAAGGCGCUGGCUUUGAUCCCUAGCACUACAAGUAAACACAAAUGACCUUGAGACUUGGUGCCACCCAGAGCAACUGGAGGAGGACAUGAGUAUGACUUUGCUUUGUCUUUUCUCCUCCCUCCUCCUCUUACAUAGCAAGCUCCACAGAGGUGGGGUGAGCCUGCUGUGCUCAGGUCACAUCGUGCUGCCUGGGACCUGGCGGGUCUGCUGGGGGACAUGGUGGCCUCCCUGGGCUGUGAGCAAAGCUGCAGGUGUUCCAGAGGCUGUCCCAGCACCCCUGCAGACAGCUGGCUGUGGAGAGCAUUUUGCCUCUGGGUGCCCCUGUCCAGUGUCUCCAGGAGCAGGCUUGGCAUGCCUGAACGAAGGUCAACAGCUUAUCCCCUGUCAUCCCUGACGCAUCUCUCCCCCAGAGCCCCACCAAACAGGCAUGAGCUGGGCCCCCUUGUGAGGCACACACAAGACUUCUGUGGCAUGAAGGGGCUCUGGCAACCCUGCUGAGCUCAGGAACCGCAGGCCCGGGGCAGGGCAGCCAAGCAACUGCAGAGAAGUCUCAGUCCCCUCAGUAGUGUGGCAGAGCCAUAUGCUGGGAGAGCCCCGUUAGCAGGGCAUUCGGAUCUCCUGCUGUCUGACCUUGUGGGACAUGUGAAUCGGUGAACCAACGCAGUACUGGAAAUCCCUGCUUUGAAACCAGCUUUGUGGUGUGGCAUUGGUCAGCAGCGUUGGUAGGUGUGGAGCCGUGCCCCGGACUGCUCCUGCUGUGUUUCCCGUGUUGCGUCUCACCACAGACAGGAGAAGUGACUUCUGGUAUCUUAAGUUAUCUGUAUGGUGAAAGGCUGGGGGCUCAUCAUUUUCCUGUUGCCCAAAGAAAGAAAGUGGGCUGAGGAGCUCGGUCUUAUGAAAAGAGGACCAGAGGACAGUCCAGUGUGCUAGCUCUGUCUGCAUGCCAAGCUUGGGCCUCAGAACCCAGGCUGAGCUUAGAACCAGUGCCAUCACUUGGAGCUGAGCCUGUGCUGAUUCAGUCAUAGGCUGCUUGGGUCUCUCCUUUCCCUGAGGGGAAGCAGUGGGCCCCCUGGUCCCAUGUCUGAGGCUAACGUCAUAGCCCAUUUAUGUGGUAGAAGGUGGUAGUGGUGAGGCCAGCUCUUCCGUGGGCUGCUCACCACUCAGGAGCACCUGCUAUGCAGGUUCCCAGGAGAGAGAUCCAGACUUCACAUCGCUUAGGUGUGUUGGGGUCACCUUGCCACAGCCAGGACUGUAAGAUGCACACCCAGCUCUCCUGGGUCAUGCUGACUGGUCAACUUUGAAUUCUUACCCAGGUACCCAAGACUUCAGACAAAGGACAGCCAGGUACGCAGAAGCUUGCCAAAAAUAGGAGCUUGGGAAAGGGGAACUUUAAAACCAGAUGUCCCCUGUCACAGAAGGGCAAAAGAGGGACUCGUGCGGGCAGCGACCCAGCCCCAGCCUCGGGGAGGGCGUGAGAGCCCCUCUCAGAGGCUGAGCUGGCCUCCCCUCCCCACACCAGACAUCUGCCCAGUGCUGGGCUCUGCAGCCGUCCGGCUCCAGCUCGUUCGGCAUCAUCCUGCCCCAUUGGUCCCCAGGGGCCCAGUAUGCACAGCCCUGGAGAUGCGUUUUGCUUGACCAGCUUUCCGCCAACGUCCACAGUUGCAGCUGAGUGAGUUAGACAGGCCCCUGGGGGUCUCUCGAGCCAUGCUCAGGCCGCAGACUCACUGGCUUCCUGCCCCCAUGUGGAUUGUCCACCCUGUCACGUGCUGCAAACUGGUGUACUGACCAGACGGAGUGAGUGGUGAGCACAGCCUUAGGAAGUCUGUCCACUAUGGCCGGCUCUCUAGGGGCCAUCAUCCUGCACCUAUUUCCCUUUGCAUCUCUGGGCCUGGGUGUCACCAACUAUGCUAGGGAGGGAUGGAGUCCAGGACCUCUCUGGGGCCAGCCUGCCCUGCUUCCAGGUGACCACCCACAUCCUGGUGCUGGCCACAGGGUCGGUUCAGGCAGUGUCCCCAUUGGCAGUCAGCCUGAGCUCUGAAGAGUAGAUGAGAACAGAGCUGGGAGUCCCCUGAGCCAGGCUGUGUCCACAGGACAUGAGUGGGUGGCACCCCCAUUCAAGGUUCAGUUCCUGCGAGAAUCGGGGAGACUUGCCAUUCCCAGCUCUGCACUCUCUACCCUCCCGACCGUCCCACAGGAAAUCUGAAUUUUGGGGUAAGCCAGCCCCGACUAAGCCUCAGACUUCAGGCUCUGACAGGCAGGGUGAGGCAGAGGCUGCCGCGGCCCACACUCCCCAGCUGCACUGCACUUUAUCUAGAAAGAUCUGACGUGGCGGGCCCCUGCUUCUGGACAGUGUAUUCACCAGAAGGGGGAGGGAACAUGGUGCUGGGGUUGAGGCUGGCCCUGGGGGAGGUGGACACAAUCUCCUUCCUUGUGAGAGACAAUGGCAUUGCUUGGGUUCAGGUGUCAGGGGAGGGGGACACCUUGAAAUGAGUCCACACUUGUCUGCUAGGGAAUGCUACAGGCUCAGACAACACGCAUGUCUCCCUAAAACGUGAGCGAGUGCCGUAGGACCAUUAGUCUGUAGCCCUGUCAUACGGUGACAUUGGUGGCUCACAUGCGCUUCCCUACACCUGCCAUCACCAGCUAUAAACAUUGCCCCCCCUGGAGCCCCAGCGAUGCUGGUAUUCGGUGUCACCGUUAUGCAAUCUUGUGUCCUGUAGGUAAUGUUCUCAAAUUAUUUUAAGGUUGAGAAAAUGUCAGGGCUAAAGGUCUCAAAGCAGUGCUAAAAUCAGAGCUGUUCCUGUGAAGAAAAACAAAUGCGUCU